CUCUAGGGUUUCAUAAUCAUAAUCGUAGACGGAAUCCGAAAAUCCCACCCAUCACCACAACAGAUGGCCGGUAACGGAAUGCACCAAUACCAUCCACAGUGGCCACCCGCCCCAGCUCCUGCUGCCCCCGUCGUUGUUCCGGCUCCACCCCCUCACUCGCACCAUUCUCCCAUGUCAAUGGACAAUCGCCUCUCCGGUGACGAGGUCAGGACGAUCUUCAUAUCUGGCCUACCUGAGGACGUGAAGGAGAGAGAAUUGCAGAACCUGCUCAGAUGGUUACCCGGUUACGAAGCUUCGCAGGUUAACUUCAAAGGCGAGGUCCCUAUGGGUUUUGCUCUUUUCUCCACACCGCAUUUUGCUAUUGCCGCCAGAGACGCCCUUCAGGAUAUGGUUUUUGAUGCGGAAUCCAAGUCCGUCCUGCACACAGAAAUGGCAAAGAAAAAUCUGUUUGUGAAACGGGGAAUAGUAGCUGAUCCAAAUUCGUUUGAUCAAAGUAAACGCAUGCGAACAGGGGGUGACUAUACACACACUGGUUUCUCAAGUCCAUCCCCUUUCCAUGCUCCUCCUGCACCUGUUUGGGGUCCACAUGGGUAUAUGGCACCGCCACCGCCACCAUAUGACCCUUACGGCGGCUAUCCUGUUUCUCAAGUACCGAUGGCUGCUCCUCCUGCCCUUCCUUCUGCUCCUCUGCCCGCUCCUAGCAGUUAUAUGCCUGUUCAGAACACGAAAGAUAAUCCUCCUUGCAAUACCUUGUUUAUUGGAAAUCUUGGGGAGAACAUAAACGAAGAAGAGCUAAGAGGACUUUUCAGUGUGCAACCUGGUUUUAAGCAAAUGAAGGUCUUGCGACAAGAAAGGCAUACUGUUUGCUUUAUUGAGUUUGAGGAUGUGAACAGUGCAACAAAUGUGCACCAUAGCUUGCAAGGCGCCGUUAUCCCUAGCUCUGGUUCUGUUGGCAUGCGAAUACAAUAUUCGAAGAACCCAUUUGGGAAAAGGAAGGACCCUGGCUACCCUGUCGUUGCCCCUGGCUCAAAUGGAUCACUGGCAGCUAUUACUUACCAGUAGCUGGAAGGGGAUGUACUCUGUUCUCUAUGCUCUGACAAAAAAAAGAACAUACUACUCAUAGGAUGCAUAUUGCUGCUGGGCAUGCAUCCAUUUUAUUAUCAAGUCAUGAGCAAUGCAUUAGCAUCACUUGCAUGUAACUGCAGAGGGUUCUUGUGAGCAUAUAAUCCUGCCGUUCAUAGUGUAUCCAAGACAUGCAUCUUAAGCAUCAUCUCAGAAUGCUUUGUUGACUUAUUCGAGAUGGAUAUGUUAUAGAAUUGUUGCUGCAUCAGUUUGUAGUUUUAUUUGAUUUUGUGCUGUACCAUCCUGUCUUCAUGAUUAUGCUUAUGGUUUAUCUGGAUCUAUCCAAUUAAAAUCUCAUUAUAUCAGCUA